AUGGACACCAAAUAUUACGCUCGAUUAGCCAAGGAAUACCUUGCUGGGUCAGACUGGACGGUUCGCGGCUAUCUCGACUUCGUCAAGUCGAAACAUCCGGAUGUUAGUUCAGCGGAUCGUCAAAUGGUAGAAGGAGCCCUAAAAGGAAAGCUGAGAGCGAUCUCGGGCAAAGGGAAAGGGAAUGAAAGGUCGAAAGCAUUGUCAGUUCUUGGAGAUUUCAAGAAGCUCUUGAAAUCCCGGGCGGUGGCUUCAUUCUGGGAAGAACGAGAUAAAACGCACUAUGAGCAUUCCGCUCUCACAACUAUCAGACAGGAAGGGAUACAGUCGAGUUCGGGUGAAGUUUGUUGCAAUAAUGCUUCUUCCAGCAAGCGAAGGAUUGAGCAAGACGAGUCCGACACACGCAAGCGCCCAGCUCUUGAAGAUGCUGAAGAAUCGGAUGGUUUUGAUCAGAUGAGGACACCAUCACCAAUACCACUAUCGCCAACGCCACUGUCACUGAGCUCGCAUAGUGAAACCUUUACCAGCCCAAAGAAGCCGAUGCUGCACAAGGAUGCCUUGCGGUAUUUACAUAAACAUGCGAAAAUUGUUGUCAAUAAACAAUGUGUCAUAUUAAGGCGCACAGAAGGUGGCCAAUGUGCAGUGAUGGCAAGUGUACUGCAUAACUGGUUAUUGAGUGUACUGUUGUCUGAAAAAGAAGACUUCCAACAGGCCAUAAUGACUCCUCUGGGACCUGAAGCAAGCACCAGUCAUAAUCAGUUUCGGAGAGUCUGCCAGAUAAUCCUUGGCGACUUCUUUUCAAUGACUAGUGAGGCAAUACUCGACCGGAAUAUUGGCGAAAGAAAGUAUACAGUUGAAAGGAUUGUCCCUCUCUUUAAGGCAAUCCAGUCUGUAUACAAGGAGUAUGCGUUUGACUGGAUUGAGGCGGAGGUUAAGAGCAUCAAGGAUGCGAAGGCGUUGUUUGCAGAGUUUGACAUGACAGCCCAUAAAGCAGAUGGGAUUGGGAUGAAACUUGGAAGCAAUAAGGAACUUAUAUUUGUUGAAGUUUCAGGAGGUCCUGAAAGCAUGACAGAAAAGCAUGCGAAUGAUGACACAGAAAAGCUCAUCGAGGAAGCCAUCUUUGGGCUAGUGUCUCUGCUGUGGGACUAUUUGGAUAAGAGUGCAAAGGCAGCUAGGAAUGUCAGCACAUUCAUGGUUCAGGUUAUUGGUGAUCGAAUAACAUUGAGCAGGCUUUACUUGGAGGGAAGGUACACCUACAGCUUAUCUCAGAUCAAAUCGGCAACAAUACCAUUUUGUUUUGAUGAGGUUGAGAAAUACCUGGAGGUGUUUGAACUCCUUUAUGCUCUCGUGAGUGCACUAGAAGAGCAAGCACGUAGGUUGAAGGGGCUGAAGCUUACCAGUUUCACUGAUGAUGCACCUACAAUUCGUGAAUGGGUUGGUAUACUUUAA